AUGCAUCUCUCAACCAAACACUUGAGUGUUCUGCUCGGCGUCGUAGCAGCAACCUCUGCCGAAAUCGCCUCACAGGAUUUCCUCCAUAACAUCACCACCUACGCUCGCUAUGCGGCCUUUGGAUACUGCGACAACUUGACAGACGGCAGGGACAUCAACUCCGGAACCAAAGUCUGUCCCAGCGACGGCGGAAUCCCCGGCGGCUGCGGCGACCUUGCGGAUUCCGUCGUCGUCAUGGAAUUCCCCAGCGCCGAAGGCGUCUCGGGCUUCGUCGCCGUCAACAAGAAAACGGAGAAAAUUGUCGUCUCCUUCCGCGGAACAGGCAGCGCAAAGGACGUCGUCGCCGACCUGAAGACUUGCAAAACACGGGCUGGCCGGACACUCUUCCCAUGGCUCAACGAACAGCGGGAAAAGUUUGGCAACGCUUUAAAUAAAGGUUUCAGGAACGUCGUCGUCAAUAUCGUCGGGGCGGCCUGUUCACUGGCGGGCCAACCUCCGGCCGGCGACCGCGAUGAUCUCCUCCCGCUCUGCCACAACUGCCUCGUGCACACGGGCUUUUUCGAAGGCUUCAUGGGCAUCAAGGACAAGAUGUUGACGACGGUCCGGCAGCAAAAGAAGGACUACUCCAACUUCGAAGUCGUCGUUACCGGGUACUCGCUCGGCGCGGCCGUGGCCACCUUGGCAGCGACAUAUCUCCGCAAGGCUUCGUUUGAAUUGGACUUGUAUACGUUUGGGUCUCCCCGCGUGGGCGACGCCACGUUUGCCGAGUUCGUCACCAACCAGGGCCGCGGGAAGAACUUUCGCAUCACCAAUGCCGACGACCCCGUGACGAAUGUGCCUUGGAAUGAUCCGGGCUUUGCCCACGUUUCGCCAGAGUAUUGGUUCCCCGGCGGCAUUGCCACCAAGGAGAUGCAGGUCUGCGAUGGGGUGAACAAUGUCGCGUGCAGUGGGCAGUUUGAGUUCAAGCUUGGAAACGUCGUGAAGGGUAAGGACGGGAUGAGGCCCCAUUUGUGGCAGAACUAUGCGGUUGGGUUUCCUUUUACGGGGGCUACGGCCUGCCCGGGCCGAGGGGGGCGAGAACUUGAAGAUGCUCCGUUUACACCGGAGGAGAUUGCUGAGAUGAAGAGACUUGCGGAGCAGAGUGACUAG